AUGAUAACUAAUAAUAAUGUUGGAGAGAAUAAUGACAAUAUUAAUGAAACAUCAAAGAAAUAUAGUUUUCCAGUAGAUACAGAAAAUAAAGCAAUGAUAUUUCCAUUAUUUUCUGUAGAAAAGCCUCAUAUGAGAGCAUUUCAUUUGAGUUGGUUUCAAUAUUUCACUUGUUUUGUAUGCACUUUCGCAGCUCCGCCCCUGCUACCAAUCAUCCGUGAUAAUCUCAACCUUACAGCCAGUGACAUUGGCAAUGCCGGUGUUGGUUCCGUUGCCGGGGCCAUUUUCGCCCGUCUUUCCUUAGGGGCUGCUUGUGACUUGGCCGGCCCUCGCCUCGCGUCUGCUACCGUCUGUUUUCUUACUGUCCCUGCUGUUUUUCUCUCUUCCAUGGCUAGUUCACCCGCCGCUUUUUUUGUGAUGCGGUUUUUUACCGGAUUUUCUUUAGCCACUUUUGUUUCUACACAGUAUUGGAUGAGUUGUAUGUUUUCUCCUAAAGUUGUUGGCAUAGCUAACGGCCAGUCGGGUGGGUGGGGAAACCUCGGCGGAGGGGUGGCUAACCUCCUCAUGCCACUUCUCUAUAGUUUUAUUUUGAAUAAUACCAAGGCUGACACGCCUUUUACAGCCUGGAGGGUUUCAUUUUUCUUGCCCGCUUUUUUGCAAAUGUUUUCGGCAUUUGCAGUCAUGCUAUUAGGCCAAGACCUUCCGGAUGGUAACUUUCUUAAGCUCCAGAAAUCCGGUGAAAUGCACAAGGACAACGCGAGGAAGAUUGUAUAUCACGCGGUAACCAACUAUAGGGGUUGGAUCACUGCUAUAGGAUACGGAUUCUGUUUCGGAGUUGAGCUAGCCGUAACAAACAUCAUUGUUUCCUACUUCUAUGACCGAUUCAAUCUAAACCUUAACCUUGCAGGCAUUGUUGGUGCACUUUUUGGGAUGGUUAAUAUCUUCUCUAGGUCAUGUGGUGGAUUGUUCUCCGACUUCAUGGCGAAAAAGUAUGGAAUGAGGGGUAGAUUGUGGGGGUGGUGGACUGUCCAGACACUUAGUGGUGUAAUGUGUAUUGUUAUGGGACGCCUUGACACUUUAGGCGCUACCAUCGCAGUCAUGUUGAUCUUUUGUUUUCUUGUUCAAGCUUCAGAGGGACUCACAUUUGGGGUUGUUCCCUUCGUCUCUAGAAGAUCAUUGGGCUUGGUUUCGGGCAUAUCAGGAGCAGGUGGAAACGUAGGUGCAGUGAUAUGUCAAGUAAUAUUCUUUAGAGGUUCACAAUUCAAACUAGAAGAUGGAAUAACAUACAUGGGUAUUAUAAUCAUUGUUACUACCCUUAGCUUAUCUUCGAUAUAUUUCCCACAAUGGGGAGGUAUGUUGGCCGGUCCGAAACCAGGUGUUACAGAAGAAGACUACUACAUGAGGGAAUGGGAUGCAGAUGAGCAGGAACAAGGACUUCAUAAAGUAAGCAUGAAAUUCGCAGAAGGUUGUAGGAAUGAAAGAAGCCGUAAAGUUAAGUCUGUUCCAGUAGAAGAGAGCACCCGACCUACGACUGAUGUUGUCUAACUAUAUAUGCCUGCCUUCCGUUUUCAUCAAAUAAUUAUAUC